AUGAAAACGCAUAUUACUAGCUAUUUAUAUGCAUAUGUCCUUUUUGUUAUUAUUCAAAUAAAAUAUAAUUCCGCAAAUGAGACAUGUGAUAAUUGGGGGCCAUGGAGCCCAUGUGAUAAAAACACCACGACUAGGGUAUGUUUAAAUAGUCCAUCUUUAAAGGAAGCUAAACAUUGCACAAAUUGUAAUGAAUGGAGUGAAUGGCUCGAAUGUAAAGAUGGAAAAAGAAGUAGACAUAUUAUUAAUUGCCCUUAUAUUAAUGAAACCCAAGAUUGUUUAACAGAUAUUAAUGGCGAAGUCAUAUAUAAAAAUAGCCAACUCAAUUUUGAUAAUCUUUACGCCGAACAUCAAAAGGAACAAUCUAGUAAAAGCAAAGGUAAUAUAAAAACUCGUUUUUUACAAACUCAAGAUAAUUCUGAUCCAGUUAAGACACAAGACUCCACACAAAAGGAAACUACACCAUCCUCAGAAGCAACUACACAGGAAAAAAAGCAAGAUAAACCAGGCACAGAUCAAGCAGCCAUAAACCAAGCUGCUGGCAUAAGCACAGGUAUAUCCGAAGAAAAAAAUGUACCAGGUACGGGGUCAGAAACAACGGCCACAUCUAAGGAUAAUAAUACCAUCGUCACUACUGAUGGACAAACUAUUGAAGGGGGAAAAGCUGACGUAAAAUCAGGUGAAGAUACCCUAAAAUCCACUACUGAAGAGGAAACCUCAAAAGUAAACACUGAUAAAGGAUCUUCUGCGCCGGUCGCAAGUGGAGAAGAAGUCAAAGUGACAAAUGCUAUAGUCCCAGGAACUGAUACAUUAGAAAGCCCUACUUCAGUAGUAAGUACACCAGAUGCUACUACAGUGGAGGUAACUGGAAAAAAAGAGACAAACGGUGAAGAAGGAGCAACAGACGAACGUUUGAAACAAAAACCAGAAGGUGUCUCACAAACAGAAGAAACUUUAGGAAAUAAAGAGUCAGUCGAUAAUUCGGCAGGUGAUGUAACAGUUGAUAAGUCGGAAGAAAGUACUGGACAAGGUUCUGAAGGAAUCUCAAAAGUAACGGAAACCGGAACAGAAGGAAUCACACCAAUAGUCCCAGAAAAUGCAGGAACAGAUUCAACUUCAGUUUUAACUUCAGAUCCAUCUCCAAUUCACGAAGGAAAAAGUGUGAGAGAAAGUCCCGAGUUAAGUGCAACUACCAAUGAAAGGGAUGCAGUCAUAAUGAGAUCCACUACAGACCCAAUUAUAUCAGAAGUUAAUACCAACCAUAUUUCUUCUCCUACAUUAACAAUGGAAGAUAGAAAUUUAAAUAAUAUAUAUAAUAGAAAUAGUGAUUUAAAUUUAACCAGUAUGCAUACUUAUAAUGAUCUUAAUGUGAAUGAUAAUUUACACUCUCAUAUGAACUCACGUUAUGGUGAAUCAAUGGGAAGAAGCUAUAAAUUUGGUGCACUUAGAAAUGGUCUACCAUCAAACUAUCAUGGACAUAAUGGACCAUAUAGAGAUAUGCAUCACAUGGGUAAUUCAAAUAACUUAUAUCAAAGCUCUUAUAAAUCAAAUUUAAGAAAUAAUGGACAUGAUGAAAGUCAUUCUGAAUAUAAUAACGGACAUAACGAGCAUAAUGAACAUAAUGGACAUUGUAAUUGUAGCACAAAUAAUGCGAAUGAAGAAAGUAACUCACAUGAAUCACAUAGAGCAUAUGGAAAUGAAGAAAGAAAUUAUCAUAAUAGAUAUAGACAAUCAGGAUAUAAUAAUUCUGAAGGGAAUGAUCAUUAUAGUAAAAUAUAUGUAGCUAGCGGUAUGGGUAUAGUUAUUCUUUUAAGUGGUGCUGUAGCUACCUAUGCUUUAAACAAUGAUAAAAAUAAAAAAAAUAACGACUAUAUAUUUAGCAAUGGAUUUGCUGAUAUCCCAGCAAGUAAAAUGGUACAUGAAGAUGAAUUUUGGGGCACUGAGUAG